AUGUCGAAACAAUUUGUUAGAUCUGCGAAGAAUUUGGUGAAAGGGUACUCUUCUACCCAGGUCCUGGUAAGAAAUGCAACGUCAAACGACAAUCAUCAAGUGUCCAAGGACUCGUUAAUUGAGCUGGCUGAAAAAUCAUAUGAUAGCGCAGAUUUCUUCGAAAUCAUGGAUAUGCUGGACAAAAGACUUAACGACAAGGGCAAAUACUGGAGGCAUAUCGCAAAGGCAUUGACAGUAAUAGAUUACUUGAUCAGGUUUGGUAGUGAGAAUUGUGUUCUUUGGUGUAGAGAAAAUUUAUACAUCAUCAAGACAUUGAAGGAGUUCAGGCACGAGGACGAUGAGGGCAUAGAUCAAGGUCAAAUCGUUAGGGUCAAAGCAAAAGAAUUGACUGCAUUACUAUCUGAUGACGAAAGACUGAACGAGGAAAGGAACAUGAAUAUCAAGGGAAGAAACAGGAAAGGAAGAAGAAGAAGGGGAACUGGGCGCAGUGAUGAAAAUGACGAUGAUUUGCAAAGAGCCAUUAGUGCUAGCAGGUUGACGGCGGAAGAAGACGAAAGAAGAAGAAAACAGGACGAGGAUUAUGAAACAGCUUUGCAGUUGAGCAAAGAAGAAGAGGAGCUAAAAAGAUUGCAAGAUUUACAAAGAAUGCAACAACAGCAAGGCCAACAACAAUUGCAACAACCUAUGUAUUAUGAUAUUUUUGGUAACCCAAUCACUCCUGAGGAAUACGCACAAUUUCAAUUGCAACAACAGCAACAACAGCAACAACAACAGUUGCAACAACAACCAAUGUACUACGAUGUAUUCGGGAAUCCUAUAACACCCGAAGAACUAGCACAGUUUCAACAACAACAACAACUACAGGAACAACAGUACUUAGCUUCUAUGCAACAGCAGCAACAGGCAAUGUCCAACAAUCCAUUUGCCAAAUCAGAACAGAGCUCAAGUUCACCAAAACGGAACCAACUAGUAGCAGCUUCUUCUCCACAGCAACUGCAACAACAAAAACAACAAGAGCCAUUGAUUCAAAACAGGACAGGCAAUCAAUCAAUGACAGACAAGUAUAGUAAACUAAACGAGCUACUAGCCACAGGAACAGGUAUUGAUACAUUCGGAAAUGUAGGGGAGGCUCGUAUUCCUGCCCAACAUACGAAGACAGGAACAUUCAUCAAUUCUCAAGGAACAGGAUAUAGGCAAGUAUCGGAUGAUCCAAACCACAAUCCGUUUUUGAACAGUCAGUAUACAGGUUUACCAAGCACUAGCGUCGUACCAACACAAACAGGCUAUGGCUUUGGUAACCAGUCUCAACAGCAGUCUCAAAAUAAUGGCUCAAAUAACCGGGGAUAUACUCUAAUUGAUUUAUGA